CGAGCUAGACAACAACAGGAACAAUUACCCCCCAAAAUCGUUUGUGGCAUGUUUUUGCCGAUAUUUUCCUUUAACGCUCGGUUACAUGAAACGGCCGGUUAUACAGUUUUAAGUGAUUACCUCAACAAACUAUAGAAAACUUAAUGCGUUUUCGAUGCAAUCGACUUUCGCCAUUUGAGUCUCUUUCUUUCCAAGCUGGACCUAUGACUAUUACCCUGUCUAAGUAAGUAGGUGUUUUUCCAACAAGUUCCUCUUAAAGAUAUCAUUCUUCUAUCCUCUAUCUAUCAAGAUCAAUCUCUUCACCUGCCAUAAGUGGAAACAGGGUAUAUUGUUCACCGCGAAGUGGAUUUCGUAGAACUAUACUGUGGAAGCGUUCGUAUUGCUUCUCAAUACAAGUGCAUAAAGCACGCCAUUGUCCGUAACAUAAAACUCGCUUUCAUUGGUUAACCAGUUCGUCAAUCAGAAUCAACUGUAUGCACGCUUAAUUAACACUUUAUAUUUUAAACGGGCACGUGCAAUGGAGACUAUCAGUAAUUGUUGAACAGAAGACAUUAAAGGAGCGCUCGUCCAAUCUUACAAACGAUCCUCGCGUGCGUCAAAGGUGCUCCACGGAACUUUGAAACGUAUGCGAAGUAUUGCAGGGUUUUCACGCUUCUUCAGCACUUACCGUAAUCACAGUAAAUUUGGUGUGAGGCUGGGUUUUCUAAGCGGCGUAAAAAAGAGCUUCAUCGUCAUGACAGGAUCAAAUGAUGCCAAGAUACCAGUAGAGGAUCCUGGGAUGGAGAAGCACGCACCCUAUACAAAGACUGAGAAGCCAGAGGACUUUCUCUGCGGGGUCUUCUCGUGGCGACCUGAGUGGUUACAACAAUUUAUGAAGCCCAUUUACUUCACAUUCGUCUAUCUACUCUUCGGCAUAUUUCAGGGCGCGAUGAAGACGGGCCUUAAUUCAUCAAUGACUACUCUCGAACGGAAGUUUGGGAUGUCGGGCACAAUGAUUUCAACCGUUUUAAUUAUGGACAAUAUCACUGGAACCAUUGCCAGCCUUGUUAUCGGUUACUAUGCGACAAAGGUAUCCAGGCCACGCAUUCUUGUAUUUGGAGUCUGGCUAUCGAUUAUGGCUUGUGUAUUCUUUGUAGCCCCACAUAUUUUUUACGGUAGCCUCGACAUAGAGUCAGAAGGGGGAGUCGUGUUGCAAAAUGGCAAACGUCAUCGCGGUGCCUCAAGAAAAACAACGCAGCUAUUUACCGAAUUUUGCGAUGCGCCAGAUGAAUCUGGCUGGCCAUUGAACGACGCUACAUCAACAAAUGCAUUCAACACAUCACUCGGUGCCUCGACCGGCGGAGGCAUAAAUCUUAAUAAGGCAAACAGACUAUUGGCAAGACCAAGAAACCAAGAGGUUUCCGUGGCUAUUCCGGUAGUCGUGCUUUUAUCGAUUGGUAACAUGCUCAACGGGAUCGGAGGAGUAUCGUUUUACAUAGCAGGAACAACCUACAUGGAUGAUAACGUCAAAAAGAAAAACUCACCCAUAUAUUUCGCCGCAAUUAUGGCGCUUCGAAUGCUCGGUCCGCUUCUUGGCGUUACGGUCAACUCGUAUUUCCUCACCCUUUAUGAACAUCCGCUCAGCCCUCCGAGUGGUUUAUCAACCCGUGAUCCACGUUGGGUUGGUGCAUGGUGGCUUCCAUUCGCCGUGUGGGGCUCAGUGAUGUCUGUAGUUUCGUUGCCCCUUAUCCUGUUUCCUAAACACAUGCGGAGGCGAGCUGCAGAUAUUCGACGAUACCCCGAACAAAACCAAGCGGCCACUGGGUGUGUUAAUAAACCACCCCCCAAAUCGCUUACUAAUAAGUUUAAGAGAGAUUUUGAGGAUUUCUGUUUAGCUGUAAAGCGUCUAUCGAAGAACCCCGUUUACAUGUGGAAAAUCAUCGGUUACAUAUUCAUCCUAAAUGGUCUCGGUGGCUACAUGAUGAACUUGCCAAAGUACAUUGAACAUCAGUAUCGAGUAUCGCCUGCGAAAGCUAGUUUUCUUACAGGUUCGACAAAGGUGCUUGCAAUGAUUAUUGCUAUAAUGGUUGGUGGUAUAGGGAUACGUGCUUUACGGCCGUCAGCCCGCAUUGUGUGCUCAUUUGCGGUGUUCGCCGAUAUCGUUUACAUAAUCGUAUUGGUCAUCGCCAUCUUCUUACCGUGUAAUGGAUGGAAGCUAUCUGGAACAGAAACGGCCCCGGAUGGAAGUCUUUCGUUGAUAACCGUAUGUAAUGUCAGGUGCCGAUGCGGCAAUCAGUUCCAGCCUUUCUGCGAUGUUGCUACAAGUAGAUCGUACUUUUCGCCAUGUUUAGCUGCCUGUACGGGAAACAACCUGACAAACAUGGACUGUUCGUGUCUCGAAGAUCAACCAAUAGAAGAUGACUCAUUUUGGCCUCGAAGAAGGGACGCCAAACUGUUGCUCGACCCACUCAGGCGUUUUGUAUCAGGUUUCUGUCCUAAUGAUUGCAGCAAUCUGAUGGUCUUUAUCGCAGUCACCACUGGGGCCAAAUUUAUUUCGACGCUGCCUCGCGUUGGAAGUAUGCUUGUCAGCUUGCGAUGCGUAGACCCGGCUGAUAAAGCCCUUGCCAUCGGUUUUACCAGCUUCGUGCUUAAUAUUCUCGCGGCCAUUCCAUAUCCGCUUAUCUACGGAGGCAUUUUCGACUCAGCUUGCCUCUUAUGGGGGAAUCGGGACGGACGAAGAGGUAAUUGUUGGUUUUACGAAAACGACACUUUACGACGGCGUUUUUUGGGAGUGACUCUAUUCUUCUACAGCGUCGGUGCUGGUGCUAUGGCCAUGAUGGCCUACUACGCGAAAGAAGUUGGGGAUAUCUGCGAAGACGAUGACGGCGACACCGAUCAAAUAGAACUGAAGAAAUCUGUAGAUCAACAAACACAUGUUCAACAUCCCAACGGUAAUGACAGCAAAAAGAUAAUUCCUGAUAAAAAUUCCUGUGCUUCGUUAGGUGAUGCUGUAGAGGGUAUUCCUUGGAUAGACGAAUCUGAUCUUGCAAUGAAGGGCACUCAACCGCCUGUGUAUAAUUUUGCGAAGAAGUAAUUGUUUUAAAAAAUGAUGACAAAUCGAUGUGAUCCGUCACAACAGCCGAUUUUCGCGGAACAACUAGCGGAAGUGAGUCGCAAAUGCUUUCCGCUCACUGGCAGAAUCAAUGGCAAAAAAAUGUUUAAAAUCGGCUUAAUGGCAAUGGCAAAAGAGAUGAAAAUCGUUGUAUUUUUUUUGCCCUCCGUUACAUGAUUUUCCAUUUUUUUUAGAUUGUUUCUGUUCUUGCCUCGUGAGUGUGAUCUUAGCUGAAAGCUGUUGGUGGAAUUCGCGUGAGCCAUACGGUACUUUUUUUUUUCUUCACUUGUCAAAGUUCUUAUUCAGGGCUGAUGAUACUUGGAUCUGUGGAUAUAAACGACUAGAAGUUAUGGCUGAUGCAAAUUCCGUAGAAAAUGCGUAUCCGCCGUAGGGUCUUAAUACAGAUACCCAUAGGAAUAUAUAUAUAGGUGUUGGUGCGAGGUGUCCAGUAUCAAGCCAUUUUUUAUGGAUCAAAUGAUUGAUGGAGCACCACUUAGAGGCAAGAGGCUACUCCGUUGCGAUGAUCUAUGUUCGAAGAGAUGUUUACUAAAAACUUUAUCUAAUUUUUUCGCAAUCUCCGUAUGUGAGAUCGUUGACGUCCUGUGCAAAUGUGGCAGGAUUUAUCUAGCGAUUGAUCCUCUUUGUCCAUAUUCAUUUUCGGCAGAUUUUCUCAUUCACCAUAUAUCGUUCGCGUAUGAUGAAUAACACAGUGUAAAUUCACAAUACAGACUAUAUAAACCCCAUUCAAAGUAUACCAUAAUUACUGGCUAUCGGUGAGAGUAUGUACCUAUCAAAAAUGAUGCUGUUGAUCUUUGUCUAUUUUUGAAAGCCCUGGCUGUUCAUUUUCCUUGAAUGGUAAAUGUACAGGAUAAAAUUGAACUUUAUUUCUGUAAUGUUCGUUUGUCUGGAGUGUUUGCAGUAUAGAUCACACGAUGCAUUUAUAGUAUGUACAUAGUUUUUAUCUUAAACAUCGGAGAAUAAUUUGAAAAAAAGAAAUCUAACUAUGUUAAGCGGUGUCUGUAUCAUCCAUAUCUUUGCCAAAGGCUCCCAAAAAUCACACUCAUAUCUAGCGAGUACAGAUUCUUAACAACCACGCUUGGAGGAGCUCAGCUUAGAAGCAAGUAAAAGUUUCGGAUAUUGUUCUAUUGAUUAAGUGCCGGUAUCAAAGGAAAUAUGUACUUCUGAACUAGCUGGUUUCUCACAGCAGAAUGAAUAAAAGUACUCAAAUAUGGGUGA